UCCCGCCCCGGCGGCCGCCUCGGGCGCGCGCGGGAGCGGCGGCCAUGACGGGCAGCGGCGAGGGCGGGAGCGGCCCCGCGGCGCCCCGCGCCCUGCGGCGGCUCGGAGCCUCGGCCUGAGCGCGUCUGCGCGCCCUCCCUCCCCCAGCGCCUCGCCUCGGGGCCGGCCGGGGCAGGGAGGAGGAGGGGCCGGGCGGACAUGGCCAGCCCCGGCCAGUGGGAGCGCCUGAGGCCGCUGCAGCCGGACACGCUGCGUGUGAGUGAGGCACCAAUGACUAACCUGAAUGGGCAGGAGGACACACAGCUUGUGAAAAAAACUGCAAAAGGCAAAAGGCCUCGAUUUGAUGCAUCCUUGGUGCUUUUGACACGAAAAUUUAUGGCUCUUCUCAAAAAAGCUCCAGAUGGUGUCCUUGAUUUAAAUGAAGUUGCAACAACACUUGGAGUACGAAAACGAAGAGUAUAUGACAUCACCAAUGUGUUGGAUGGAAUCGACUUGAUUCAAAAAAGAUCUAAGAAUCUUAUCCAGUGGAUAGGUAACAAUCUUGACCAAGUUGUUGGAAAAGCACCAGAGCAGCAAAACCUUAAAGAUGAACUUUCUGACUUAUCAGCCAUGGAAGAAGCUCUGGAUGAAUUAAUCAAGGAUUGUGCUCAUCAGAUAUUUGAACUAACAGAUGACAAAGAAAAUGCAAAACUAGCUUAUGUGACAUACCAAGAUAUCCGAAGCAUUCAGGCAUUUCAGGAACAGAUUGUGAUCGCAAUCAAAGCUCCAGAGGAAACCAAAUUGGAAAUACCAGUUCCUAAAGAUGAUCACAUAGAAGUACAUGUGAAGAGCACAAAAGGACCCAUUGACGUGUAUCUAUGUGAGGUGGAAAAAGACAAGCCAGAUGCCAAAACUUAUGAAGAUAUGGAUACAGUCACUAGUGAAACUGAGACAUCAUUUUAUCCUGAUGAAGUGAGAUCUCCGAUGGAAGAGAAAAAACCAUUUGAGAUGCCAGAUUAAUUACAACCCAAAAAUCUAAUGAAUGUAAAUAUCUAUGUUAUACAGCUUUUCCAUAGCUGCUUGGAUCUGCAAACUUAGGAACCUGAAAUUUCCAAAGUGUUCUAAAAAGCCAGCAGUGGAUUGGUUGAGUGCUUUCACAGGAUUGCUUAUCUUCCCAAGUCAAAAGACAACAGUUUCUGGAGUUGAAUUCAGGAGCUUUCUAUUAAUUGCAUGUGAUCUACAGAACUUCGGGAAAACAGUACUUUUACCUUAUAAUUUUAAUCGACAGAAAACAUAGAUAAUCAAUGACUUCCAAAAAGGAAGGUUGGAGAACUAUUUCUGGAACAGUCCACAGUCUGUGUGAGAAUGUAUAAAGUGAAGAAAUGCACUUUUUAGUUCUGAGGCUGCACUACUAAGCAGGACUGUCAAAUAUGAGUAUAACAAAGAACUGGUGUAUUGGAAGCCUUUGCUAUAAAGAACAAGAUGUAAAUAUCCUGAGAGUUAUGCCUUACGUUGUGUAGGUGCUGUUUGCAUCCAGCUCUACAUGAACUAUGGUAUUUCACUGAAGUGAAAUAACUGGGCUUUGUGUACAUAUUUGUAUCAUUUCUAGGUAGUUACUGGUGUACAUUUAUUGAGAUGGUUUGCAUUUCUGCCUUUGUACAGCAAAGAAAUAAAAUAAGCUUACAAAAAUAAGAAAUAGUCUAAUGAAACAUGUUGGGUUGCCUUUGCUGCAAUUCACUGAGUAACUACAAACAAAUUAUGUGAGAAUUUAAACUCUGUUUUCAUGGUGCUGUCAGAUAACACUUAGAUCUGGGUCUUGUGAUGCCGCAGUACUGUAGCAGUUUUCAGAAGAAUGAUCAAUAACUACUGAAAUUUGUCCCUUCCAGUUUCUGGAAUUUACAUACAGCAGAGCUUUAGCUGAGUAUCAUGAUGGUUUUGUGGCUCAGCUUGCAAAAAUAUGUAAAAUACUUUAGGACUACGUCUGUAUUGUCCAUUUCUCUAUCCAUAAAACAGAGCUGUGGAACUUGGAUACUGGAUUUUCUAAGGGAGUGGACUGUCACUGUACAAAUGCUGUUCUUGGGCUCACUUCAUCCCAGUAUCAAACUGUACACCAGAGGUUUCUGUAGGGGUGGGUUGGCAGGUUCAGUUUUAAAUGGGAAGUCCAAGUCCUUGUUUUCCUAAUCACACAGUUUUGACAGCUAUACAUCUACUCACAAGUGAGAACAUCAAAGCUAAUUAACCCCUGAAUGUUCUAGCCAGCAACUCUACAGCUAUUUUAGACAGAUGCAGUGAAAUUAAAUGCCCUAUGUUCUACAAUACACAGGUGACACUGAUGAGCGUAAAUAUACCUAAAUAUAGAUUGAGAGUUAAUUCAGUUUUUCACAAGGUUCUGCAAAAUGCAUAGUAGUAUACUAUACAAACUGGGGAAACAAUGCCAAGUGUAAGCUUUUGUCAGAAAGUAAUCUUGAAUUUUUAUGAAUGUCCUACCAACUUCUGGCUCCAGAACACAGGACUUCAAUAUAGGAUGCUGUUUUUCUGUCUAUGAAAUUCAAACUACAGGCUGAGCUGUAAUAAUUAUAAAUGAAAUCAGUGACAGCACAGUUAAUACAUAGAACAUGGUAAAAAUAAGGAAGGUGCUCCUCCAGUGAAGCUGGGAGUGAGGAUUAAAACCAAGAAACCAUUUUUUUUUCACAGGAAGAUUGUCCAUUUCCUUCAGCGACUGGUUUCUUUUCAGAUGGCAAACUCUCUAUUUGAUGUUUUACACUGCUGUUCUGUUUUGGUGGGUGGGGAGGUCUGCAAAAGAGAAGCAUUGAUUCCUUCUACACUAAUUCAACAUCUCAGGAGAAUGUUUACCAUAAAAUGUGUAAAAAAAUUCCAGCACAACUAAUUCUGAAUGCUGUUUGUUGGGGUGGGUUUUUAUUACAUGACCAUAAAAUCCUAGAAUGGUUAGGGUUGGAAGAGACCUUAAAGAUCACGUAGUUCCAACGCCCUCCUUUGGGCAGGGACACCUUCCCUUACAUCACAGAAUUAUUAAGGUUGGAAAGGUCUCCAAGAUCAUCAGCUCCAACCUUUGACCAAGCACCACGCUGUCAACUAGACCAUAGCACUGAGUGUCAGAUCCAGUUGUCCUUGAACUCCCCCAGGAGUGGUGACUCCACCACCUCCCUGGGCAGCCUAUUCCUGUGCUUCACAAUUCUUUCAGUGAAGAAAUUCUUCCUGAUGUCCGACCUGAAUCUCCUCUGGUGCAGCUUUCCUCAUUUCCUCAUUCCCAUUUCCUCAUAUCCUGGUUGCUCAAAGCCCCAUUCAGGCUGGCCUUGAAUACUUCCAGAGAUAAGGCAUCCACAGCUUCUCUUGGCAACCUGUUCCAGUGCUUCUCCACCCUCAUAAUAAAGAAUUUCUUCUUAACAUUUAAUCUAAACCUGCCCUCUAACUCUUAGCCAUUACCUACCAUAUCUAUAGAAUAAGGAAGUAUAUUUUUACAAAAUAACAAUCUUAAAGUGUUCAGAAAGUCUGUCUUCAAUAGCAGAACAAUUCAUUUAAGUGAAACAUUAGGAUUUUUCAUUUUGAACAAAUCUCUAGUGAUUGUUUUUCCUCACUCAUAUGUACAGGUUUUCUAGCAGUAUAAUUAAUUUUUUAGUCACACAAUUGUCAGAGUGAAAUGGAAAAAGCUGUAAUAUGACAAUUAUACUAAUUUUAUUAAAUACAUCUGUUGUUUCAAUAGUGCACCUUCAGUGGAACGAAUGGACUUUUGAAGAUUAAACCACUGCUUUUACUGCUUGGUUACAUAUUACCCAUUGGUGAUGCUGGAAAACAAUGUACUGUAUAAGCUCAGUGCACUAGCUGAAAAGAUUCAACUUGGACUUGAAAAAUUCCUGAGUGAUGCUGAACUUACACACAAGUUUGCUUGUAAAUGUGACAGGACCUUAUUCUGAAUUACUGUAAUAAUGCUUGAUUUUUUUCUGAGAGAUUAUUAUUUUUGUUGAGUCUGUCUGUCCAUUUUCAGUACAUUUGUAUUUGUAAGAAGCUCUCUUGGCUAUUUGAGGACUCUAAUAAAUUAAAAGUUUGUAA